CGUCAGUGGGAGUCUCUCUCUGGGAACGACGCUGCGUUGUUGUUGUUUCCAAUUCCUGUUUGUGUCCCACAGGGUCUGAGGACCAUCACCCUUACUUGUGUUCUCACCCUGUUACUACUGGCGACGUUUGUCUCGCAGUCGUGGGGCGCACCGAAGGGCUCUUUCCAACGAAGAAACUGGAGCCCGCAGGCCAUGUUGUACCUCAAGGGCACACAGGGACGCAGGUUCAUCUCAGAGGACCGAAAAGAAGGAGAUAUCUAUGACACAUUACACUUAGAGACCCGCAGUCAGAACACAGAGAAGCUGAGUGUGGACCAGGCCGCUACUGUCCUGCUCAACUUCUUGCAGCAGGCCAAAGAGGGAGCUGAUGAAAAUCCAGACGAGGUCUAUUUCCAGGAGCUGCCGGUCUGGAAGAGAGAAUUCUUCUGAUAACCUUUCAUACAUUUGUAAAAACUGCCGGAAGACGCCAACAUAUUUGUCUGUGAAAGUAACUAGUUCAGUCCUGCUUGAGGGAG